AUGUCAGAAGCGAUUCUGAGGAGAGAUGAGAGCGGCGUGAGCAGUGGUAGCAGCAGCGAUGGCAGCGACGGCAGCAGCGAUGUCAGCAACAGCAGCGACGACGAUAACAACGACGAUAACAACUCCCAUCUCUCCCAUCUUCUCAACAGCGCCCGCACAAACCUGUCCAACACAAAUAACGAUCAUCUCAAUCUCAACGAUGAUUUGGUCAAGCUGGAUGACGCGGCUCAGGAGUCAAAGCAACCUAUUCCAACGCUCACCAGCAGCUACAAUCUAAACACACUCCCCCCGCUCAAGCCAUCUCAAAGAAAAUCUGAUAAUUUUAAGCAGACAGUGCCCAAGAAGCGUGAAUUGGAGAUAUCUGCCAUUGAAAAACAAACAGAAAAUGCUUUGAACGGGGCUUCUGCGGCUAUGUCUAGUAGACCAGCACAUGAUGCAGGUACAAAGCCAUCGAGGAGGCAGUUGAAAGAGUCGAAAGAAUCCACCGCCGGGAAAGAUUGGUUCGAUUUACCUGCUCCACCUUCAGCACUCCUUCCACAGUGGAGACGUGAAGCAGAGGCACUCCAAUUACGCAACUCUCUCGACCCUAAACGCUUCUACAAAGGCGGUAAGCAGAAAUUACCGAAACAUUUUGCCAUCGGGAGAAUAUUGCCGGGUAGGAACGCAGGAGAUUCACUCGCAGAUGGCGCAGAAGAUGCUAAAGCGAGGAGGAACGCUAAAGGAUUCAUCAAUGAAGCACUCGAGGAUAAGGAUGGACAAAGGUACGCUAAGCGUAAGUAUAACGAACUUCAAGCAGAGCGUGGACAGGAGUAUGGCCAGAGGAAGAAGGCCAAAGAGACGCUUAAAAGGAUGGAUAGGAGUAGGCGGUAG